AUGGCACCUCUAAAAAUCUUCAAGGCUGGGGAAGGACCCGCCAAACGAGGGCUUGUGUCGUGCUCUUAUUACUCCACAGGAGAUGUCAUUUGCUCGUUUGAACCUGCCGUCAACGUCCCUCUCUCCGGACGACUUCUGGUAGGUGGAGACGCAGACGGAACUAUCGAGGUGGAGCAGGAGGCACGUCUCGACCCCACUACAGGCGUUUGUGCCUUUUGUCUUGAAACAUACCCCGCCAGAAACAUCACCAUUUGUCAGGACUGCAAGCUCAUGUCCUAUUGCUCGCAGAGGUGUCUCGAAGCGGACACCUUGCAUUCUCCCGAAUGUACAGAUCUCUGUGGGCCCCAAAAACUGAUCAUGUCCGGAUUCCUACGUGCUCUGUACCGGAUUUUAUGCAUGGCAGAGCAGCCCCGUCCUCGCAACACUUACGCCCAGCUCACCCACCACACCACCGAUACCUCCUGGCCUGCCAUGGAUACCCUUCGAAUGGCAGCUGAAGCUCUGGUCUCCAGAAACGCCUCUCGCGGUCACCCGCUUGAACAGAUUCUUGAGUACGCAGGUAUGCUCUUCGUCAACCAAUACACUCGAUGUGACGAUCUAGGGCGACAGGGAGGGUACAUCUUCGAUCCUACUCUUGCUCUGAUCAACCACAGCUGUGUUCCCAACGCGUACUUGCUCUUUAGAGGCAGAAAGGUACAUCUCGUGUGCUGGAAACCUAUUAACGACGGCGACGAAGUGUUCCUAUCGUACACCCGGUUCAUGCACCCUACCCCGGAACGGCGUACUCUGUUGUAUAUGCAUUUCCGCUUCUGGUGCGAGUGCCCAGGUUGUGUGUCGCAGGAGCUGGAGUACCCUUACAGUCACGUCGUGUGCACCCAGUGCGGGACUGGAGUCAACAGAGAUCCGUUCACAUUGCUGAAUCCUCCUACUUUGGAUCAAUGUCUCAGGCACCUGAUGGAUGGUGUCACCGAGGCCAUUUCUGUGCGGAACUCCGUCGAUCUCUUGCCUUCGGCACGUUUGCUUGUCUGCGAAUGUGAGAACAAGGUGUCUGGAGACGUCAUCCAGGCCAUGUUGACAUUGAUGACCCAUUCGGUGGAGUAUUUUGAUAACGCCAACUUCAAAAAGGUCCUGGGCAUGGUUCUUGCUCACGUUUGCACUCUUGAGGGUAAUGCUAAGACGGAAAAGUGUCUGACAGUUGUCGAAGAAGUGACCCAAUCCAAGUUGCUUACCAUGCAACUAUGUCUUCGAUUGAUGGUUCAGGCACAAGUUCUACCUAUUGAUUCUCAUAUCAUGACCUUUUUGGUGACGCUGAGAAACCUACAUCAACUUCAAGACGAAGCAGAGAUCCCCGAUUGGGAGCGACUGCCUCACUUGAAGUCCACCAUUGCCGUAGCACUAUUGGAGGCGUUGGUGGAGUUGCGGUACUGCAGAGUUCAGAUGUCGUCAUACAACCCCGUUGUUUCCAUCAGCCUUUUUAUGCUCGGCAACUACCUGCGAAUUCUUGCCGGUGAUAUUGCUGAGUCCAGGGAGAACGACUUCCUUUCGGACGACGAUUUGGAGUCCAUUGUGAAUCUCGCCUACGCCUUUUUUUCGUCUGCUCACGAGAAUCUCAGCUUCACACAUCCUGCAAGCCCCUACGUUGAGCAGACCAUGAUCUGUGGCGAUCUUGUGAGAAAGGACCAUGACAAUUUGGAGCUUGACGCGAAUCUCGUGGUCAGUAAGCAUGGUCUUGACCACGACAUGUCUGUUCUGUGCGGCUUCCUCUACGAAUAUCUUGCUCAUGACGGGCUUCUUGCUGACGGAUCUUUCCCCCAGUCCAUCCAUAUUUUGGAUGUGAGUCCUGAGGUGGAAAUGAUCAAGGGCAAACUGGAGUUUUGGUACCGCCCCAUGUCUUCUCCUCCUGUUACUGUGUGA